AUGCCACAAAAAAAAUAUUAUCGACAAAGAGCUCAUUCUAAUCCGAUAGCAGACCAUGCUCUUGAUUACCCAACAACACCUGAUGAUAUGGAUUGGUUGUCAUUAUAUCCGGCAUUUUUUGAACACAAAAAUGAUUCGUGUCCAAAGGUGGAAUAUGCUGAUAUAGGAUGUGGUUAUGGAGGAUUACUUGUUUCUUUAGCCACAGAAUAUCCAGACACAUUGAUGCUUGGAUUAGAAAUACGAAUCAAGGUCAGCGAUUACGUAAAAGACAGAGUGAUUGCUUUAAGAGAAGCAAACCCAGGACAAUAUCAAAAUAUAAAUGUUCUUCGUGGAAAUGCCAUGAAAUAUUUGCCAAACUACUUCAAUAAAGGUCAGUUAAAGAAGUUGUUUUUCCUUUUUCCUGAUCCACAUUUUAAACAGAAGAAACACAAAUGGAGAAUAAUAAGUCCGACUCUUCUCGCGGAGUAUGCCUACGUUAUGGCAGUUGGCGGUAUUGUGUACACAAUCACUGAUGUACCUGAUUUACACGAAUGGAUGAAAAAACACUUUUCAGAGCACCCUUUGUUUGAAGAAAUUCCAGUUGAAGAACAAGCUAACGAUCCAGUUAUUCCAAAACUCGGUAUUUCUUCAGAAGAAGCGAAGAAGGUUACAAGAAAUGGUGGACUAAAAUUAACUGCAAUUUUCCGAAGGAUUGAAGAUAAAUAUCGAGUGAAAGCUGAUUAAAUAAACCUCAGAAAUAAAAUUGUCUUUCUUGCAUGCUGUGGCUAUUUUAUUCUGGUGACGAUAAAUGAAAGAAAUAGUUAAAAAUCAUGUGAAACUCGGCUUCGCGCGAUCAGGAUCAGGAUUGUAACAUGGUCU